CACCACAAUCAGUUGUUAAUGUUAGCAUGGCUUCCUGCUAGCUGUAAUGUUUCCUUUUAUCUUCAGCUACAAAUGUUAAAUCAUGAGCAGAAGACACUUUGCUUCUUCUUGUGGUGCAUAACUGUCAAAAUUUCUUCUUUUCCUCCUCGUCCAGCUGUCUGUCUUCCUCACCUCAGGGUCACAGCUUCUACUGUGGCCCCCCAAAACAGCGCCACAAAUACUUUGACCUUUACAGCACCAGAAAUGAGUAACUUUUCAACAGCUCAGCCAAUCAAUAACCAAUCAACUGCUACAUCAGCAACACAGAUGACGGCAACAAUGUCAAAUGUGUUGUCUUCAACUGGGGAGGUGGCAUCUACCUCAACGAGCGAAGAUGAAACCAGGGGUGCUUCAGUGCCAAAUGAAACUCAAGUCAAUGGAGCAACAUCAACGUCAGGUGAAGAACUGAAUCCCAGGUCAACCCAGAAAAGUGAAAAUCAAACUUUGAUCACCACAACAGAAAUUAGCACCACUUCUCAAGGUGGCCAUAUGACUGGAACCAAAAAAUCUGUUCAAACCAGUUCAUCACUUGACAUGUCCACAAGACCAGAGUCAGACCUACUAGAGGCAAACCAGGACAUUCCUCCAAUACUCAGUGAUGGAAAUCUAUCUUUUAUGGGCACUUUUACACUAGUGCUCAAUAUUUCAGGAAUGACGAACUCUUCAGCAGAAACACAAAUUCCCUUUGACUCAACACAAAGGCCGUCAACGUCAAUCUUACCUCAGUCAAGCCAACAAUUGACAACGCAAGAGUCUGGCUCACCUUUACCAAAUUCAACUGUGAUGGAAACAGUGGUAUCUCCUUUAACGUCAGCUCAAGAAAUGCGCACAUUAUUAACACUGGAAAGUACACACACUGGAGACUUACCCACAAACAUAUCUGUGAAUGCAACCACACCCAAGUCCUCACUCAUCACAGAUCACUCAACAACAACCAACAUUGCAGAUACCUUACAAACUGAUGCUUUAUCAGUAAGCACAUCGCAAGAAAUAACAAAAACACAGCCAAAGUUAACCUCCAAAAGAUCCAGUGAUGUAUCUUCAAACACAAACUAUUCAUCUCUUGAUGGUUCAACUGCGAUGACUUCACUGGGUGUACCAAUUGCAGGAGUCACAGAGAUGACCACCACUCCAAAGGUAGAAACAACUACAGCUAACCUUCAAACAAUGUCUACCACAAAUCUCAAAACAUCACGACCAACAAGUUCCCCAGAGCAAAAGACAUCAUUGUCCUUAGCAACAAACAGCCAAUCAGUCUCACAAAACAUGCCUUCUGGUGCAGUUGGAAUCAAUGCCACUCAAGGGCAAAAUUCAGGGUACAUUCAAACCACGAAGCAAACUACAGACUUUUUCCCAACACAGCUUUCACCAUUUGCAGCUUCAGACUCCACUCCUGAAAUUACAAAAACUAUUUUAUCCACAACUGAUUUAAUCUCAUCUCCAAAGCAAGGCACUCCCUUCAAAACAACUGUAACUUCAAUAUCAUCAACUACAACAGCAACAGAGACUACAUCCCCCGAACCUGAGCCUGACAACCUGACAACUGUGGGCUCAAAAUCCCAGACAACGCAAACAACACUGACUGUAGAAAAACCUGUUAUCACAUCACCUGAACAGCAACAGAUCAUGGUAUCUACCACAACUUCACCACAAUCAAGUAACACAACUCCAACACGCCCUACAGCUAAAACAAAAGAAACCGGUUUGCCAAACUUGCCAAACAAUGUGACUUUAGACUCUAAAUCUACAGCAACAGCUGCAGCUAAAGAGUUCAUGUCAACGACCAAACAACAUGUAGUCUCUUCAAUUAAUGACCCAGACCCAACAUCAACCACAACUCUAGCUAUAACUCUCCCUGGAACAUCAACACAGACAAAAGCAUUGUUAACAGUAUCCACAGCCAUACAAAUGCAAUCAACUCCACGGCCAACUUCAACAUCUGCUACAUCAGCAUUGACUACUUCAUCCAUGCAUACACCAGCAUCUGUAACCACAGCGCCAACAACAGCAAGUCACAACUUGACAACAACAAGAUUUCACAGUGAAAUACAAGUCACAAGUAAAGUGUCAACAGGACCCAAUACAUCCACAACCAAAGUAGAAACACAAACAUUAAUUUCUCCAAUUCAGGAAACAAACAACAAUAACCCUCUUUCAUCAGAAUCAGUGACUUCACCAACAACAACUACACCAUCCGCUGGUAAAACAACAACAGCACCAAAAACCAGUAAGAUCACAACUGUAGACACAGCUGCACUGCAAAAGUCAACAUCUACCCCAGAACAAUCUUCAACAGCUCAUUUAUCAACAACACAAACAACAUCAGUAGAAAACAAGUUGUCUGAAAUUAUUACUAAUACAUUAGCUGAAUUGCUAUCUAGUGUAAAACAACCUAUAACAGCAUCUAUUAAUGUAACACCUGUGCCAUCAGACAGUGCGACACCUACUAAGUCCACAACUUUUUCAAAAAGUAGUGAAUCAGCCUCACCAGUUUCUACCACAACAAUGACAAAAAAACACACAACACCAACACAUAUCACACCAACUCUUACGUCAUCCAUAACGACACAACCACAAAACAUUCCUGAUCAAACAACAGGAAGAUCAACAAAAGAUGCAGGAGCAGCAACACAAACCUUACAAAACACUCCAUUGGUGGAAUCAGCUACAUCACAAACAUCAUUAACAGAAAGUCCCACACCAUCUGUCUCAAAACCAGUUCAUAGCACGAUAUCGACACACAGUGGACCACUGGCAACAUCAUUGCAGGCUAAACCAUCAACAACAUUUACAACACUAACCACAGAAUCUGUCAAGACUAAGUCCACAACUACACCAGUGAAAAAUAUUCCACUCACGGCAAAAGCACCAUCAACGCCAACACAAGCAAUGUUAUUGGUGACCACGACAACCCAAACCCAGUCUAGUCCAGCCACAUUAAAACUGAUAUCAACAAAAAUGACUAUAUCUGCAGAAACCUUGCUUAAAAACUCUCUUGGUACACCAAUGGAAAGACAAACUACCAUCCAAACUCCACAAUCAACAGCACAGAAACUCACCAGCAUACCAUCUGGAGGAGAGUCAACGAGUCUUUUGACACAGGUCCCAAAAUCCAUCACAGUAUCAUCCAAAAUGAUACAUAAUCAACUCAAUGCUUCUGCAACUGUUAAACCAACCCAGUAUAGCACAUUAGCAACAAAUCAGCAGCAAUCAACAAAGCAACAUCUCUCUGCAUCUUCUCUAACAGGAGAGGCACCGAGGGGAGAAUCAACAAAUACCCAAUUACCAACAUCCUAUUUUCCUACAUCAUCACAAACAGAUGUAACCACGACAGAGGCAGUAGCACCCAUCACUCAGUCAACUGGAUUAGACUCUGAGACUUCAGAGGCAGCAGAGUUGACUACAACCCCAUUUCAAGUAACUUCAAAACAAAGUACUCCGUUUGUUACAAUACUGCAUCAAACAACAACAGCAGAGCACAUGACAGUUUUGACAACAAAAUCACCACAAAGUACAGCUUAUGUUAGAACAGAAUCACUCUCAUCGGCACCAUCAACAGUUUCAAUAACUGCAGCAGACACAACAACAGUUUACAGUACACCACCAAACCACAGUGAUUCAAUGACUAAAUUAACACAAACAACAACAUCUGUGGCAACAGCAUACAAAACACAAACUGGAGGAUUAAUGGAAACAGUGCCCACAAUGCCACAAACUAAGUUAAUGCCAGGUGCCACAGACUCAUUGAAUUCACCAACACAAACCACCCUUUCCUUGGUUUCAGUACAACAAGAACGUUCAACUUCAAAAGCAGAACUGAAAACGACAGAGGAGACUGCACGUUCUCUUACAACCAAAUCAACAACUUUGCAAAUGCUGACAACAAUAUCGACCCAGAGAACACAAUCUGUCCCAACACUGCAAAAAACUACUGCUAUCACAAUAGCAAUGUCAAGCACGGAGGUUCCGACACCACCAAACCCACCAAUCAAACAACCAGCAACAACAUCAUCACAAGAUACACCCUCUGUUCCAACACAGCUACAAACCAAUGAUAUCGAAGCCAAAGGAGAAUCAGGAACAUCUACAUCUGAAAAUAAACCAUCUGUCUCAUCACAGCAGCAAACUACAGUUUUUCAAACAACACCUAUUGUGACAGCAGCAACAAAGCAAUCUUUCCAAGCAGCAAGUGAAUCAUCGAUGGCAUCAACACAAAAUAAACCACCUGUCACAAUUCUUCAACACAAUAUGGAUGAGCAAUCAACAGUACAAGAAACAAUGUUACCAACACAAUCUAUGGAUUUAGCAGCAACAACAAUAUCAAACACACAAUCUGUAUCAAAAUUGCAACAAACCCCUAACAUUGAGGCAACAGUCAGAGGAACACAGUCUAUUUCAGAAUCAGCAACAUCAUCAACGUUAAAUACACCAUUGUUUACAACCAAGCAACAAACUACAGAUUUGGAAACAGCAGUGGGAGGAGCAAUCAUUCUACCACAAUCUUCUGCAACAUCAGAUUCAGCAACAACAUCAACAAAAAAUACAUUUGCUGUAUCAACACUCUCAGUGACAGAAACUGUUACAAGAUCAACGCAAAAGACACCAAUCGUCACAACACAGCAACAAAUCAUAGAUACUAAGUCAACUACGAGGGGAACAGUUGAACCAACCUUGUCCAUAUCAUCAAUUACAGAAUUAGCAACAGCAAAUACACAAAAAACAUUAUUCAUGUCAGAUUUAACAACACCUGCCUCAGCUUCAUCAACAACAGAAAUGCCAACGGCCUCAAAACCACAUCCUGCAACAGUUCAGAGUUUGACACCAACGAUCAGUGGAUCAGUUACUACACUGUCAGGAGAAGCAUCAACAACACAAGUCAGAGGAUCUCUGGAACCAAAUCCCACAGCAGCACUAACAGAGCCACCUGUACCUACUGUGGAAUCACAAAGAACAUCAUCCUCAACUAUUAUCACACCAGGAACAACUCUGGCACCAACAAUGACACCAGCCCUGAAACAAACUGCAACAUCUUUACGAACAGAUCCAAACACAUCUACGCAUCAAAGUUUGCCUUCUAAAGCAACUUCAGAGAACAGGGCCCUCCAUUCAACAGCAACACUUGUAUCUGCACCAGAGCAAUCUACAACACCUAGAGAGAUGACUAAGCAGCCAACGGCAGCAUCCUCAAACUCAGCAUUUUCCGGAACCACUACCACUACAUUAGUAAAUGGCCUUGCAGGAACUUUGCCAACAUCUACUGGAGCUAAAACUAGUGGGCAAUCAUUAGUAUUUUCCAAAGUAUCAACAUUGACAUUUGAGAAUGCACAUUCAUCUACAACACCACCACAGACCAGCAAGACCACAGAAGUGGAAACAACCACCACACCUGUAUCAACUGGUAUGCCAACUACUCCAAGACCAGAAUCUAUUACUGAUGAAGAAAACAGCUCUUUCACAGAUAUGCUAACAGACAAGUCAUCUCCUGCCCCAUCAACUGCACCAUUCAGCUCCUCAGCACCACCUGGAUUUACUCUCAAGACCACAUCACCUUACUCCUCAAAUUCUACCACUCCACCUGUGACAGGGAAGGCAAAAAGUGUGACAGAUUCAAGUUCUCUACCACCUCCUUUUUCCAAGAGUACAUCAACCACAAAUUCUGCCAAAGCCAACACAACACAGGACCAGUUUGAUGUGACAUCUGUUUCCUUGCUUCGAGGAAAAACUGUCUUUUUCCAACACAGUCCAAAAACUGUGACUGUUAGGCCUAUUUCCUUUGAUUACCCAAUUGUGAUGCGGACUACAUUUAUUUUUUCAGAUGGCUUCAAUGCAGAGCAGUCAAACGAGGACAUACCAUGAGGUACAUACAAAGUAGUUGAGAAAUAGUUCGGUAACAUAUGAAACACCCUGAUUCCCCUGUAUAAGUUUGACAAGCUAGGCCCUACUCUUACAGGUGUUUAUUCCUGCCUGUCUCACACAGAGGCUGGGUGUGGUCACCAGUUUCAUUUCAUUAAAUUACUUGGCAAGCUAAGUAGGGCAUCUUCAAAGUACCUUGUUAGCCUACGACAUACUGUGGCUCACCCCACCCUAGUCAACAUAUUGAACGCUGACUAAGUCAGAAACGCUGUCUUGCAUCUUUUUAGCCCCAUGGCUACUGGCUACACCCAAGUACUGCACUCUCUGUCAUAACAUUCUUUAUUCAUCAUUCUCUGUGUCCCUAAAAGAGGAAAAAAGAGAAAAAAGAUCAACCUUAUCUUUUUUCAGGCAUCAUUCUGUUGCCUCUCUUGACUAGCAGCUCUCGCUAGACCUACCCGUAGCCCAAAAUGUACUUACUCUUGAUAGUCCAAUGUUUUUGUGGUAGAUGUGUAAACACUACCCUGGUGUUCUGAGUUUAAGAUUACAACCAAAGUUAUACGUGGAACAAGUGGGCAAUCUGUUUAUUAAAAAAAAUGUAAAUCAAAGAGAGUGGAAGCAGGGAAAACAUCAAAAAUACAAACCCUUCCAGUGUCUUGGUUUUGAAAACAAAAGGAUGUGGUGAGAUGCAACUCAGGAUCUUGACUUUUAAAUCUAUCAUUCGAAUAAAUGUUGCACUGAUACACCAUUCUCAUUUAUAAAGUGUUACUGUUACACAUUACCAUAUAUGCAGAAGUGCAUGUAAAAAAGGCCAAUAAUUUUUAACUAUGUGCGUAAUUUUUCUUUUUAAUUAUAUUUUUGGGCCUUUCUGUGUAUUUAGGAAAGAACAGGAAAGUAGGUAGCUCAGGAAAUAGUAAACAAGUAGUUUGAAAAGUAAGAUAUGGUUAUAUAAAGUUAUGUAAAGAAUAAAAAAUGCUUUUUCUGGCAGCCUUAAGGGAGAUCAGUGAGUCACAGUAACACUGCAAUAAUGCUGUAGAUACAAAUUCUGCUCUGUUUAUUAAAUAUCUAAAUACCUUUUUAUCUUGCUUUCCUCAAUCUUAUUCUUUUACUGUUGGGACAUUUACACUUGGUUUUGACACUUACCUCGACAGCCAGGCUCAUUCCAGGAUCAUUUUGAUGACU